UUACACCACGUUUAACAUCACACACAGUAUCUAGAUCAUUAGUACCAAACCGGAGUCCAAUGAAAGAUAAGAAUGGUUGGAUCUUAAGAACAAAACGCGGUCGUUCAAGUAUAUUCCCUUCAUUUAGCCACGAUAAACCAGGCAGCGACUUGUGAAAAUACAUUUAAAUUUAAAACAUACAGGCAUGGAAAUGACAUUGUUUAUCCACGGGCUGGCUUUAUUGGCGAUUUUGAAUGGUUCGUCUGCAUCAACAUCCGCCAUACCGUCGCCUGAUGCCACUGAGAUGAUGUCAUCUUCUGUCACGAUAGAGACCACGCCCGUUAUAAAUACCGCAGGGACACCACCACCAGGAACGCAAUAUGGCUGCCCACAGAAGCACUUCGACUUAGCAGCAGCUGAAAUUGGCGUCCUUUUCACCGUAGAAGACACUUGUUUCGAGAUGAUCCCGACAUUCCACAGCUGGGCUAUAGCCGAGGCAGAUUGCAAGCAACGAGGCGGCCACCUGGCGACCAUCGAUACCGAAGAGAAACAGACUCUUAUCUACCAGAUCAUCACCUCUUUCGACGGUCCGACCGUUUGGAUUGGGCUUCAUGACAGAGACAGUGAGGAGCAGUUCAAGUGGGUUUCGGGGGAUCCUGUCACCUACACCAACUGGUUCCCACACCGGAAGAGUCUCUCACUGCAUAAUAUAGAGGACUGCGUAGUUCUAGUGACGAGACCCGGCUACAACGGGACGUGGGAUGACAGUGUGUGCACCGCCCAACAUGGCUACAUUUGCGAGUUCGAUGCAGUGUCGGGAAGUGAAAUAGGAACAACCAUGACGCCUAACACCACGGACAACGGAGACGGCGACUCGCACAUGUGUCCACUGCAUCUUCUUGUCCUCGCCCAGCAAUACGGCACUGACGUAGCACAGCAUGGCAACAGUUGUUAUGAGCUCCUUAAAAGUAGGGCCACGUACCCGCAUGCGGAACAACUCUGUCAGGAGGCAGGGGGCCAUCUUGCCAGUAUUAACAAUGCAGAGGAACAGGCAUACAUACAGAACUUCAUGAUGCGCCAUAAUCAGACCAGGCCUGUGUGGAUUGGACUAAAUGAUCACAACACAGAGGGGACAUUUGAGUGGACCAAUGGCGAACCAUUGACCUACACGAACUGGCUGGACGGCCACGAGGACAACUCUGCCGGCCAUAACGAAGAGGAUUGUGUGGCUCUGGUACCAAACAAGAACGGCACUUGGGACGAUAUCCGUUGUGGUUUUCAAGGCAUUCUGGGCAACGAUGCCGGCGAAGUCCAUGCGGGUUUCUGUGAAUACGAUACGGUUCCCAAGAUACCAGGCGCUAUGAUUGUCGGAUAGAAACUUUGUAUCGUUUUGCAAAGUGUAUAUUUGCAUUUGAAGUAAUUAAAUAAGGCCCGUCUU